CCUGAUCUGUGCGACACAGAGAGUAAGUUGUUCAAGCCAGUCCAUCUACCACGGAAGUUCAACAGGACUAUGGCCACAGUACAAAACUCCGUGCUCGACGAUAUGGCUGGCCAACCAAGACUCUGUACCAAACGACGGGCGAAUCUCGAGGGACGCCAGAGAAAGGCCGGGUGUAGCAGGAUGAUGAUUACAAUAUAGAGUCAAGCACUGAUUUUUGGGUGCGGGGUUGGUGCCGGCUUAUAUACGGACCUUCCUUCGUGCUCUUGAUGACCACACUUUAUACCUGACUGCUACAACCGCUAUCCUUUCCCGUCUCCGUCCGCUGAGGUCUUGAGAUGACGGAGUCUACAGUAUGAUACCAGUAAACUUGUGGGGAAGAACCCCGCUCAUUGCGGGCGGGUUCACUGUGCCUACUGGAUGUGCGAGGUCCUGGCCCCUUUUCAUUAUGAGGCAUACGAGACUGCUUCGAACCUACCCUUUCUAUGAGCUGCAGGAUGAUCUAAUGUAUGGCAUCGGGCGAUUCCAGGAGCUGAAGCGUUCAAGCGGCUCGUCCGCCAUUGCCUAUCGCUUCAUUGCGUGCCUGCCAGAGACGCUUGCCACCGAAAGUACGACAUUUCUCGCUAAGGGUGAGACUCGUACCGUGUUGCAGAACACACCCGAUGUUUUGACCUCCUUCGAAUGGCUUCUGAUCCGAUGCGCGACGGACACAGCGGCUGUCGAUACAAUCGCAGUAGUUCCGGGACUGCACAGCGGAGGGGCCAACGAGGAUUCCUUUGUUGGACAACCUCGUCGAGUUUGUGAGAAAAUGGAGAGGUACGUGAACAUCUUUCGAGAUGGAGACAUGGGCAGGCUUAUCUAUCAGAAUGGCUUGCGGGGUCGCUCAGGAAGGGGACCGGUCAAUCAACUUUUGGUCGAUCUUCUUCUUGUUGUAAAGAAGAGGGCUGCUGCGAGCGGCGUACAGUUAGACAUAGCGCCUUGUCACAAGUUCCUCGCUAAGGAUAUCAUGUCCUGGAACGAUGCGUGGGGAGAUGAUGUCUUCGCCAAUGGGAAGAUCGGGAUGGAAAGGCAUUCGGGAAGAGCACGUAGCGAUAUACUACAAUAUGUCACGGAGGUGUAA